UGCAAGUUGUUCCUUAGUUAGAAAACAUUAAAUCGAAAUUGAUUGCAAACAAAAUCCAACAAAACAAAAAAAAAAAUUAAAACACAACACCUUCACACAAAAUUAUAUUUAAAUAAAUUUAAAUUAAAUAUAUAUUAACGCGUAGCGGUUCUAUUUGAUAACAAAAUAUUAUCAUUUUAUUAACAACAAAAUAAAUAAACAAAGAAAAGGUGGAGAAAUUAUUUAUGUUACAUGAAACACACAUAAUUAAAAAAUAAAUAUUGAAGCACAAAUAUAUAACAUAACCAAAAAAAAAAAAUAAAUAAAUAAAAAAAUCCCCUUACAACCAUACAUUAUCAUCUAGGAUAAACAAGGAAUUAAGUCAAGGAAAAUAUUAAUUAUGGAAUACCAUUUCUUAACAAGUUCAACACAAAUAACAAAUUAUGAAACGUAAAAAGUAUCACAUUUUACAUCGAUCCCAACAACAAACUGUAAGACUACAACAACCUGCUAAAGGAGUCAUGUCAUGGGAUUGCUAUAUAAAAGUUCCAAACUCUUGAAAAUAAUUCUGGAUUCCCUGGAAGAUCAAGAGGGUGGAGCUAUGUACAUAUCGUGCGAUGUCUCAAAUGGAGGUCCUGUGGAACCUGAAACGGGUUAUGUUCCCAAUAAUCCAUUAUUCGGUUUGGCGUUGGAUAGUCCACAGCAAGAGUGUGCUGCCGCAUCCUGUAUUGGGUGUCUAUCGUGUCAAGGUAAUACCGUCUUGCCGCUAUCCUCAUUGCCAACCAACGAUUUCGAUUGUGGUUCCUGUUUCGAUCCAAUCGUUACCGUCGAUUUAGGUGGUGGCGGUGGACCUGCACAAAAUAAUUCACAAGUGAUACUGAACAGCACUGGCAGUGGUGUUGGUGGCAAUACUUGCACAUCAAACUAUUGGUCCACCGACGAGAUGGCAUCGACAUUUCCAGGACUGCCAGCUUUAGACAUCGAUCCCCUACCCAGCCUCUUCCCCUUCUCACCAUGUGGUGCAUCAUAUAAUUUCUCCGCAAAUCCUCAUCAUCAAGCUUCACUCUCGUACACCGUACAUCCCCAUCAAAUGUUAAUAUCGCCAAAUAGUCAUCAGCAAACAACCUCAGCCGUAACCUCAGCGUCCGCAUCCUCAACGCCCGUAUCCGGACAACAUUCGUCGUCGCUAUCGCACAGUAAUGCAUUGAAUGCGUCAUCCGCCGUGGCGUCCCAGCCAUGCUAUUACGAUCCGAUCAAUGUAGCGGGAGGUGGUAUUUCGAACACAACGGCGGGCAACUCGUGUGCCUUACAGCACAUGAAUACACAAACAGGUGCUAGUGGAGCCGGUGCCGCAGCUGCUGCUCUAUACCCCAGUAUGAGUGUUAAUGUCAGUAUGAAUAUGACAAUGCAUGGUUAUGGUGCUACCGAUGCUACAAUGCCCAUGCAGUGUUCUCAGAUGCAAUGGACUCCCACAAAUUCAUCAUCGGCCGUCAAUGUCUUAUAUCCUCCAUUGCUAAGUCCCUCCCAUUACCCGGGUGCGGCAACUUAUUCCUUUACAGCGGAUUUUCGCUCACCUUCCUUGCAAUCGAAUCAAAAUCAAAACCACAGCAAUAUGUUGUCCUCCAUGCCUGCAGAGUCCCUCGAAAAGGACACAUCUCCCUCACCAAUGCCACCAACGGAUGCUAUCUCACCAAAAAGUUUCUAUGCCAGCACACAAAUGGGACAGAGCUACUCCCCACCCACCAAAAGUCCAACACUAUUCACACAAAUACGUGACACAAAACCCUACAAUCAAUUGACCGGCUUGCCGAUGACAUCCGGUGUGGCUAGCGGCUAUGAGGAUGAGGACAGCAAUGAAGAGGGUUCCGAAUCAAAACCGAAUCUAUGUCGGUUGUGUGGCAAAACUUAUGCCCGACCCAGUACAUUGAAAACCCAUUUGCGAACACAUUCCGGCGAACGGCCAUAUCGUUGUCCGGACUGUAAUAAGAGUUUCUCCCAGGCCGCCAAUCUCACAGCUCAUGUACGCACACAUACUGGUCAAAAGCCAUUCCGUUGCCCUAUUUGUGAUAGACGUUUUUCACAAAGUUCCAGUGUCACUACGCACAUGAGAACCCACUCGGGUGAGCGUCCCUAUCGAUGUUCAGCCUGCAAGAAAUCCUUUUCGGAUAGUUCGACGUUAACGAAGCAUUUGAGGAUACAUAGCGGCGAGAAACCGUAUCAGUGUAAACUGUGUUUGCUAAGAUUUUCCCAGUCUGGAAAUUUAAAUCGGCACAUGCGCGUUCAUUCCACCAACAAUAACGGCAGCAAUUUGCUAACAUGACAAAAGCCACGUGGAGGAGGUGGAUUCCAACACUAUCAUCCCCACAAUCAUCCACAUGCGUACGCACAUCAUCCUACCCAUGCAGCGGCAGCUGCGGCCGCUGCUGCAGCCAUACAUCCAGCACAUCCAUUUAAUGCCAGUAACUAUGGCAAUUAUAUUAACCAUUCCCAUGGUCAUCCACAUAAUCAUCAUCAGCAUGGCAUCGGCGAGUAUGCUACACCCGGUUCACAAAACUAUUCAGGGUAUUAUUUGUGUGCUGCAUUAAAUAAGCCCAAAUUGGAACGAUUUUAUUAGGUAGAUAUUUAUCCGAAAUACAAGAAAAAAAACACAUAUAAUUUAUAUAUAAUACGUAUAGUACUUAUUUAUAUUCAUAUAAACAUUUAUACAUACAUAUGCAACAAUUACAAAUACAUAUAAGAAAUCAACGAAUAUACAAUGAUAAAGUGUAUACAAAAUAGGUGGAAUUUUGAUAUAAUGUUAAUAGAACAUGAGGCACGUUUACAUAUACCAGUUCCAGUGGAUCUAAACUGUCAGUUAGGUUAAAUGUGAAAUCUAUUGGAUUUCACUUGACGUAUACGCAAUAGAAUUGAUAGUUAAAAUCCGCUCGAUUUUGCAUAUGUGUCGUUGAAAUCUAAAGUGUUUAAGGGAAGUUUUAAAUUCAAACCGACUCGAUUAAGUGUUUCAUAUCCAGCGCCAAAUUUGAAGCCGAUAUUAACUGUCUUUUAUUGGAAAUUGAACAACGAAUUCUCAAAUACUUUCAGUAGGUGAAAAUGUUAAUAAAGUUAUUAAUUCUUUUUGAUAUUUUUGUAAUUUUUUUUAAAUAAAUAGGCAAUCUUCAUUUUAUGAAAUCCCUAAUAAUUUAUUCAAAUAGCGUCUAAAGCAUGGUACCAUGGUCUAAAAGAAAACGAAUUAUCUUGAGGGUUUCCGAUCUAAUUAUACCCUACAACACUAUGUGUUGAUGUAACACCUCGAAAUAUUGUUUUCCCACAUGGGAACGUAUAUAUAGAUCUUCUUAUCUCGCCGUGCUGAGUCGAUGUAGAUAUGUAUGUCCGUCUGUUCAUGUUAAUUUGUAAUCAAGCUACAGGUUUCAAUUUUGCCCGAUCUUCACUAAAUUGAAAAUGGAGGUGGGGCUGGAGCCAGAAUAGAAGCCUAUUGUUUUUGGAAAUUAGCGCAUAAUGUUUAGGGGUUGAAAUUGACCAAAAACUGAAAAAUUUCCCGAUUUUGCAAUUGCUCUAUAGGUCGCAAUUAUAGACCCAUCGAAGCGGAAGUUAGCAUGGGUCAAGAGCUAAGGGCUGGGCAGAAUCCUUCAAAUUUUGAUGGUCAUCGGGUAAUAUUUGAUUAAUAUGUCCAACUCUAAACCGAUUUCCACCAAAUUUGGCAAUGUGAGUGACUUCGAGAAGGAUUAUAUUAAACAAGUAAAAAAGAAGCUAAGUUCGUCCGGGCCGAACUUCUUAUACCCUCUACCAUUCGGAAGGAACUUGAAAAAUUUCAAAAGAAAAAUCCGUCGAAAAAUACCGCUCAAAUGAAAACCUUUAUUUGGGGGCCAUACGAAGGCGUGAUGCUAGAUUAGUCAUUUUUUUCUUCAAAUACGAAAUUUGAAAGAAUUCCAGUGAAUAAUGUCAAUAAUAUCAUCAAAAUACCGAAUAAAGGGAGGUAACAUUGUAUGGGGGCUAUACCAAGACGUGGACCUGCGUAGACAAGUAUACAUUACGAACAUCAAAUACAAAAAUUAUAAUUUAGAAUAAUUUAGUUGAAUAAUGUCGCUAAAAUCAUGGAAAUACUGAAUAUCUGCUAAAAUGUGGGAGCUAUACAAAAAGCUGGACUUAUAUAGACAAUUCUUUUCCAGGGAGUAAUGUACCCACAAGAAACUAUACGAUAUCGUGGACCUAUGUAGACAAUUCUCUAUAUAGAUAAUCACAGACGAUUCUAUUAAAAAAUGUGGCUAAAAUCAUCAAAAUCAUUGUAUGGGGGCUAUAUUAUAUUGUGGACCUAUAUUUCAGGAUGUAAAGUACUCACAGAGAACUCCUUACAGACAAUUUCAUUGAAAAUUGUGACUAAAAUCAUCAAAAUACCUGAUAUCGGAAGGUUCUGUUAUACGAUAUCGUGGACCUAUAUAGACAAUUCUCUUCUUGGGGGCACUCACAAUGAACUCCUUGUGUGCAAUUACAGACGUUCCAUUAAAAAAUGUGUGUAAAAUCGUCAAAAUACCGAAUAUCGGGAGGUACCGUUAUGUGGGGGAUAUACGAUAUCGUGAACCUUUAGAAACAUUUUAAUUUCAGGGGGUAAAGUAGUCAUGAAGAACUCCUUGUGUAGAAUUUCAAACAAUUCCAUUAAAAAUUUUUGCCUAAAAUCAUGAAAAUAUCGAAUAGCGGGGGUACCGUUAUAUUGAGGUAUACGAUAUCGUGAUCUGAUGUAGCUCAUCUUCGAACUUGACCUGCCUGCAGACGAAAUUUAGAAUUUUACGCUGAUCAAAAAUAUAUUUACCUUGUUGGGUGUAAAAUUAUUAUUUCGAUGAGUUACAAACAGAAUGACGAACUUAAUUUACAUGUAGGGUAUAUGUUUGGUUGAGGGUAUCAAAAUAUAUAUCGGAUCAUUAGAUAUAUGGAUUCCAAGAAAUGGAAACAUUGGGUUGAACAAUCCAUUCUAUUUAAGCUUAUAUUACACUUUUGGUGCAGAAUAACAGUGAAAUCGGAUGAAGAUAUAUAUGGAAGUUACAUACAAAUCUAAACCGAUCUCCAUAAAAUUUGGCAGAGGUAUUAAAUGAAAUUGCUGCGUUUUGGACGAAAAAGUCCGAGAAGUCCUUGACGUUAAAAAAUGUCGAAAAAACAAAGCAAAAUGUUGCAUUUGUUAUAAAUACAUUUGAAGUUAAAAGACUCUAGCUUCUUUCGUUGGCCUUGAUAAUUUGCACAACUCUGCCUGAAGCUGAUUCGAUUUACAUGCGUCAAAUUGCAUUUGUGCGUGUUUAGUUUAGGUGAUGGCCAUUUAUAUUAGUGGACUGUCUUAUUUAAAUGCUAUAAGACAUCGAAUGAGGAAACAUUCUGUUUGAGAGGUCAUGAUUAUUGCUACAACAUUUGCAUUUAAAUUUUCUCCAGACAAUAUCAGAAUAUCGCCGAAUUUAUUAUUGUCUUUCUACAGCUUAAUCGAGAUCGUUUUUCCCUUUGCUCAUUUAAAACUUUCCCAAUAGAACUUUAGUAAUUCAAAAAACUUUUGAUUGAUAAUAUAUAUGUAACAAUUAGCGCUAAUGCUCAAAAUCGAAUUGUAUUUCAAAAAAGGUUCUUUUAUUUAGAGUUAAGAUUUGACGUAAGCCCACAAGAUCUUGUACAUAUACCAUAUUAUUUAAAAAUUACAUUUUAAAAUUAUAUAAUUGUUGAAAUCUAUUAUUUGAUCGAUUAUCCAGUACUAGUAUAAGAUAAAAAAAAGCAAAAUAAUUAGUAUCAUACAUUUUACUAUUCGUAUUUGUCAAAUUUGUAAUUAAGCCUUAAUUUGCAAUUAAGCCUUUGUGGGAAACAACAAUAAAAUUUUAAAUUUUAAACAACAAAAACACGCAUAAUACUAUGAAACAAAUAAGAACAAAUGCAACACACAGAAGCAAAUAAAAAAACAAAAACGACAACUCUAACAUACGUAUGUAUUUGUUUUAUCUUAGUGUCUUUCUAUUCAUUUGACUAAUCUACACUAUUCGUAUACAAACAAGCCAAUCACUCCCUACUUAUAUAUAAUAAAUAAUUAAUAUUAUUCCCAUUACAAAGAAUAUAUUUUGUUAGUUUUAAGUCUGGGUGCUUCAAUUGUAUUUCAAUUUCAUUCUAACUUGAAUAAACAAACAAUAACAACAAAACAUCACAUACAUCAAAGCUAGAAUUUCCAAUCUCUAGUCAAUCUAUAAGCUUAAAUAUAUCCUUUUAAACUUUUUUUAUUAAUAUAAAGUGUGAAACAUACAUACAUAUAUAAAGAAAGAUUUUAAUUAAUA